AUGGGCCGCAACUUCAAGAUUAGUGUUCCAGCGUCGAGUGCGAACAUUGGGCCAGGAUACGAUGUGCUAGGUAUUGGUUUGGCAUUGUUUUUGACUUUGGAAGUGAGCAUUGACCCAAAGAAUGCUUCGCUAACGAAUCAGGACAGAAACAAUUGUAAAUUGUCGUACACUCCAGAGAGUGACGGGUAUGCGACCGUUCCGCUAGCAUCUGACGAGAAUUUGAUUACCAGGACUGCAUUGUACGUGUUGAGGUGUAGCGGGAUCCGCAGUUUCCCAUCUGGAACGCAGAUCUUGGUGCACAAUCCGAUCCCACUAGGCCGUGGGUUGGGUUCUUCUGGUGCUGCAGUUGUUGCUGGUGUGAUGUUGGCGAAUGAGAUCGGCCAGUUGCACUUCUCGAAGCAGCGUAUGUUGGACUACUGUUUGAUGAUUGAGCGCCAUCCAGACAACAUCACCGCAGCUAUGAUGGGUGGGUUUGUCGGGUCGUUUUUGCGUGACUUGACUCCACAAGAGGUGGAAAGAAGAGAAAUCCCAUUGGCAGAAGUGCUACCGGAGCCCAGCGGGGGCGAGGACACUGGAUUGGUGCCUCCUCUUCCACCUACGGACAUCGGUCGCCAUGUGAAGUACAACUGGAACGAUAAGAUCAAGUGCAUUGCCAUUAUUCCUGACUUUGAACUAUCCACUUCGGACUCACGUGGUGUGCUUCCACAGGCAUACACGACCAAGGACUUGGUGUUCAACUUGCAAAGAUUGGCCGUGCUAACCACUGCAUUGACGCUAGAUCCUCCAAACCCGGACUUGAUCUACCCAGCCAUGCAGGACAGAGUGCACCAGCCAUACAGAAAGACUUUGAUUCCUGGGUUGACGGACAUUUUGUCCAGCGUCACCCCACAAACGCACCCGGGACUACUAGGUAUCUGUCUCUCGGGUGCCGGACCAACGAUCUUGGCCCUUGCAACCGAGAAUUUCGAGGACAUUGCCCAGGAAAUCAUCAACAGGUUCGCCAAGAAUAAGGUCACCUGUACCUGGAAGGUUCUUGACUUGGCCUAUGACGGUGCAGAAACGACCUACGAUUGA